AUGUCUGACGAUGAUGAUUUCAUGCAAGAUUCGGGUGACGAGGAGUACGACUUCGAAUACGAAGACGCGGACGACGAUGAAUCGGGAGACGUCGGGAUCGAGAACAAAUACUAUAAUGCCAAACAGAUGAAGAUAGACAACCCCGAGGAGGCCAUCGAGGAGUUUUUGGGUGUCCCAGAUCUAGAACAAGACAAAGGCGACUGGGGGUUUAAGGGACUUAAGCAAGCCAUCAAGUUGGAGUUCAAGCUUGGAAAAUACAGCGAUGCCGUCGAACACUAUAGGGAGCUCCUUACCUAUGUCAAAUCGGCUGUCACGCGAAAUUACUCAGAGAAGUCCAUCAACAACAUGCUGGAUUACAUCGAAAAGGGAUCGGACGACGACACAGCUUACCAGUGCAUGGAGGAAUUCUACUCUCUGACCCUGCGCUCGUUCCAAAACACCAACAAUGAGCGACUGUGGUUGAAAACCAACAUCAAGCUGGCGCGUCUUUGGCUGGAACGGAAAGAGUACGGCCAGCUGAGCAAGAAGGUGCGGGAGUUGCAUCGGGCAUGUCAACGGGACGAUGGAACAGACGACCCGAGCAAAGGAACAUACCUCCUCGAACUAUACGCCUUGGAGAUCCAGAUGUACGCCGAGACGAAGAACAACAAGCGACUCAAAGCGCUCUACCAGCGUGCCCUUCGCGUCCGGUCGGCGGUGCCGCACCCCAAGAUCAUGGGAAUCAUUCGAGAAUGCGGAGGGAAAAUGCACAUGAGUGAAGAGAACUGGGAGGAAGCACAGAGCGACUUCUUCGAGUCAUUCCGCAACUACGACGAGGCGGGUUCAAUACAACGGAUUCAGGUGCUCAAGUAUCUUGUGUUGACGACCAUGCUGAUGAAAUCGGAUAUCAACCCAUUCUAUUCCCAAGAGACCAAGCCUUACAAGAAUGACCCCCGCAUCUCCGCUAUGACCGAUCUAGUCGAUGCGUUCCAGCGGGACGAUAUUCAUGCAUACGAAGCCAUCCUGAGCAAAAACCCGGACGUCCUGGCAGAUCCGUUCAUCGCCGAGAACAUUGACGAGGUCAGCCGGAACAUGCGGACGAAGGCCGUUCUCAAACUGAUUGCCCCAUACACGCGAUUCACGCUGAAGUUCAUUUCGAAACACAUCCGGGUCUCUGUACCCGAGGUCCAAGACAUUCUGAGCUUCCUGAUCCUGGACAAGAAGCUCAAUGCCAAGAUCGACCAAGAAAACGGGAUUGUGGAGAUCGAGAGCGCUAGCGACGUGGACCGCCUACAGUCUCUCCAGGAGUGGAACGCAUCGCUGCGGUCUCUUUGGCAAGCGACCUUGAACGACGGGGAUGGAUUCAGGGAAGAUCCCACGCAGCUCCACGGCAUGAGGGGAGGAGGGCCCAUGUUCCAACCCGGGUUUGGAGACGAAGCGCCUGCAAGUUUACGGGCUGGCGGUCGCCGGCUGCGGGGUGGAUACAAAGGCAGAAGCGGCGGCGGGCCUGGAACAAAGGCCGGGCUGGGGGGCGUCUAG